AUAGAUUUUAUUUUCUGAUUAAAUACUAUUAAACAAUCACAAUGUCAGAAUCCUAUCCAAUGAAUGGGGGACAUGGCACCUACAGCUACACCAAAAACUCUUAUUGUCAGGUAAUUUUUCAUUUCUAGCAUGCUUAUAAGUUAUAAUCUGUUGUGGUUGAUGCUUACCUGAUUCUCUCUAUAUUUUAACCAUACAAUUACAUAUCGCAGAAGACAGGUAUAAAUGUUGUAAAGGGAAUAGUCAAUGAGGUAAUUGAGGAAAAACUUGAUAUGAAUAACUUUUCUAGUUCAAACUUAUUUCGUCUUGCUGAUUUGGGGUGUUCAGUUGGACCAAAUACCUUCACAGCUAUGCAAAAUAUACUAGAAGCUGUGCAACACAAGUACCAAUCCCAAGGCCUUGCUUCAAAAAUUCCUGAAUUUCAAGUGUUCUUUAAUGAUCAAGGCUCCAAUGAUUUCAAUACCCUUUUUACCUCCAUGCCAAAGGAAAGGCAAUACUAUGCAGCCGGUGUCCCAGGGUCUUUCUAUGGCAGAUUAUUUCCCCAGUCCUUUUUACAUUUCGUGCACUCUUCAUAUGCCUUGCAUUGGCUAAGUAGGGUGCCAGAAGAGUUGCUAGACAAAAACUCCCCUGCCUGGAACAAAGGGAGAAUACACUGUACCAAUGCCUCUGAUGCAGUAGUUGAUGCUUAUGCAGCUCAGUUUACUAAGGACAUGGAAGGCUUUUUGGAUGCUCGGGGUAAAGAACUCGUAUCUGGAGGGAUGAUGGUAUUGAUCACACUAGGUUGCCCGAAUGGGAUGCCAUACUCAAAUCUUCCAACUGGUUUAAUGUUUGAUUUCCUGGAAUCCUGCUUGAACAAUAUGGCAAAAGAGGUGAGUAACUCAACAGGAUUAUUAAGUGAAGGUCAAGUGGAUUCAUUCAACUUACCCGUUUAUGCUGCCUCUCCAAUGGAGAUUACAGAGCUGGUGGAAAGAAAUGGAUGCUUUAGCAUUGAGAGAUUGGAGUUAACAAAUGUUCGAACCGAGGCUGAUCCCAAACUUGAUGAAAAAGCAUGUGUGAUGCAUUUAAGAGCUGGCUUCGAAUCGAUCAUCAGCAAACAUUUUGGAAAUGAUAUUAUAGAUGAGUUAUUCGAUCGUCUUGUUAAGAAAGUAAAGGAAUCAUUCCACUUAAUUCUGUCCAGCUGCAGAGGAGGAACCCAGUUAUCUGUAGUCUUGCAACGCAAGUGAUGAAUUUUGCAGCUGAAAGCUUGAAAC